UUCUCAUUGGAUAUUCUGUCCGGUAAGGACGCCCCUUCUGCUUCGGAAGAGUGGCUGGCUUUGUUUGUGACUGCAAGAUGGCGGCCGGAAUGUAUCUGGAACACUAUUUGGACAGUAUUGAGAAUCUGCCAUUUGAGCUGCAGAGGAACUUUCAGCUAAUGAGAGAUCUGGACCAGAGAACAGAAGAUAUGAAGGGCGAGAUCGAUGGGCUGGCCACGGAGUACACAGCGAAUGCGCGCACACUGUCCUCCGAACAGAAGCUCUCCCUGCUGCGACAGAUCCAGGAGUCCUACACCAAGUGCAAGGAGUUUGGAGACGACAAGGUGCAGCUCGCCAUGCAGACCUACGAGAUGGUUGAUAAGCACAUUCGACGGCUGGACACGGACCUGGCUCGGUUCGAAGCCGAUCUGAAGGAGAAACAGAUCGAAUCCACGGACUACGACUCCUCAUCCAGCAAGGGCAAGAAGACAGGAAAGAAAGCCUCUGAGCUGCAGCACGUCAAGUACAGCUCUGAGCUGGUGAUGUCAGCGACACCCGCAGAGGUCAGGGGUCAGAAAGAUAAGAAGGUUGCCCGCACCAGGUCAAAGGUGAAGAAUUCGGACGAUGAGAGCAGUCCUAAGAACGGACAGAAAAAACUAAAACUGGUGCACUCGACGGAGUAUAGCGCCCCCGCUGUUACCUUUGGGAACGUGCACCCCUCUGAUGUGCUGGACAUGCCAGUGGACCCCAAUGAACCCACAUACUGUCUGUGUCAUCAGGUCUCAUACGGGGAGAUGAUCGGCUGUGACAAUCCUGACUGCUCCAUCGAGUGGUUUCAUUUUGCCUGCGUUGGACUCACGACUAAACCGCGAGGAAAGUGGUACUGUCCUCGAUGCUCACAAGACAGAAAGAAGAAGUGAACAGUUUGAGAAGCAGUCAGUCUGCACCCUGAACACAAAAUGUGUUUUGUUAUUUUGUUUUUGAGGCGGGUGCCCCCCUGUAAUGCAUUGGAAUCGAAACUCUGUCACACUGCAACAGAAAACUAGUUCAAAAGAGCAACAAUAUAGUGUAGCGCCGAUUCGAACUGUAGUCUUAAUAGCAACAAACUAGACUAGACUGGACUAGAAUUGCAUUGCAACAGCAGUUUGAGAUCAUUAGACUAGACUGCAUUAGAAUUACAUUCUAACUGUAGUUUGAGAUCACUAGACUAGACUGGAAUUACAUUGUAACUGCAGUUUGAGAUCACUAGGCUGCACUGGAAUUACAUUGUAACUGCAGUUUGAGAUCACUGGACUGGAAUUACAUUGUAACUGCAGUUUGAUAUAACUAGACUAGACUGUAGCAGAAUUACUUUGUAACUGCAGUUUGAGAUCACUAGACUGCACUGGAAUUACAUUGUAACUGCAGUUUGAGAUCACUAGACUAGACUGCACUGGAAUUACAUUGUAACUGCAGUUUGAUAUAACUAGACUAGCAGAAUUACAUUGUAACUACAGUUUGAGAUCACUAGACUGUAAUGGAAUUACAUUGAAACUGCAGUUUGAGAUCACUAGACUGGACUGGAAUUACAUUGAUACUGCAGUUUGAGAUCACUAGACUAGACCACUAGAAUUACUGUACAUUGUAACUGCAGUUUGAGAUCACUAGGCUGUGCAAAAAUUACAUUGUAACUGCAGUUUGAGAUCAGUAGACUAGACUGCAGUGGAAUUACAUUGAAACUUCAGUUUGAGAUCAUUAGACUGCACUAGAAUUACUGUAUAUUGGAGCUGCAGUUUGAGAUCACUGUAGCUCAUUUUAGAUCUGUUAAUUUGAGGUGCGUUUGUUUUGAUAUUAUUUCAUAGUAAACCCCUGACAGCAUUAAUUUAAAAACCUGACUGUUAACAUUUUCCAGGAUAGCUAACAUUUUACUUUCUGCGUAAAACUUCAAAGCUAUUUUUCCUAUGAGCUGGAUAGUGUGUAAUAGGUAUUAGCAAUUACUAAAUCAUGAGAUAUAAAGUGUUUUUUGUUUAUGUAAUAAUCCCCUAAAAUAUGACUUGCCUCUCACUUCCACCUGCUCGCUAUCUUGGUGUCAAUGUGCAGUUUUUAGCAAAACGGUUUUAAAGAGAACUCCUAGUAUGCAACACACCUCUUUUUACUUUCAGGUAGGCUUGUACUUUUCUUCCUGUUUUUUUCUUUGUGUGAAGUUGUCCCCACCCCCUCAGCGCCUUCUUUCUUGUCAGCAACCAAUCAGCUGUUUCAUCUCGUGACUGACAUGGUUUGACCCCUAAGACACUGCUGAGGUGAAAUGAACGAGGAAGUGUAUCUUUGACGAGGGGUUCCUAAACUAAUGGGUCGCGGGGGCAACAGUAGUCUGUGUAUUUCCCUGCCUUGGCCCAUCUGAAAGCAAGGCAUGCAAACUGAUAACUGUUCAACCUAUUUUAUUUUUUCUACAAUUGAAAAUGCAAGUGUGCUGUAAUGUACUUCUUU